AUGAUCUCCUCCAAACUCUUCAGUCUUUCCACCUUGGCCUUACUUCCUCUGGCCUUUGCGGCUCCAGCUCCAGCUCCGGAGCCCCUUUCUGCCGCUAAUGCCGCGAUUCAAUGGGUACCGAUCGACUUCAAUGGCAAGACCCUCUAUCUCAACAGUGCAGCAGUAGCUAUGUCUGUCAACCCCGGUGAGGUGGCGACGCGAGCUCUGCUCAGUGACUCCCCUGACUCUGAUACCUGCGAUGGCACCACUCUCGACCCCCAUCCUGCUCCUUUCGCCAACACCGCAGACUGUGCAGUGAUCCGUGACUACACCCGCUCUCAGAACACCUGGUGGGGCGUUUGGAACAACACUCCCGACACGCAUGGCGUCUUGUACUACGGUACCUGUGUCUUCGAAGCGGGUACCCGGAACAUCUAUGAAACCUGGAUUGGGUCUUCUAACAUCGCGGACAUCACCGAGCUUGCUCUCAACAGGUGGCAGACAAAGUCUGGUGGCGUCGUUGCCUCUCAGGGGCAGACGGAGUGCGACAACAUUGGCAUCGGACAGUCAACCGUUAGGUGGACUAUCAAGCAUUCUUGA